ACACUUAUUUGAAGAAACGACUCUGUUUAAAAUUAGUAACGACACUUAACGCAAAAACAGAUACUACUAAUCAGAUAACUAUAGUGACAAAGCGAAAGCCUUUAUAAGAGAGAGAGAGAGAACUAUAAGAAACUGAGAAAAGCAAGUUGAGCAAUAAAAAAAAAAAGGUAUGGCGGAUGAUUCAGCAGCCACUCCACCGUCAAUCGACGGCAACACCCUCGUCGCGAAAUCCCUAUCCCAUCUCGGCGUCACCCACAUGUUCGGCGUCGUUGGAAUCCCCGUCACCUCCCUAGCCACCCGCGCCAUGGCUCUCGGCAUCCGCUUCAUCGCCUUCCACAACGAGCAGUCCGCCGGGUACGCCGCCUCCGCGUACGGCUACCUCACUGGCAAACCGGGAAUCCUCCUCACCGUCUCGGGCCCGGGGUGCGUCCACGGCCUCGCGGGUCUCUCCAACGCCUGGGCCAACACCUGGCCGAUGGUGAUGAUCUCCGGCUCGUGCGAUCAGAGAGACGCCGGGCGCGGGGAUUUCCAGGAGCUCGAUCAGAUCGAGGCUGUUAAAGCCUUCUCGAAGCUAUCGGAGAAGGCGAGGGACGUUCGCGAGAUCCCCAAUUGCGUUUCUAGGGUUUUGAAUCGAGCCGGGUCGGGUCGACCCGGCGGGUGUUAUCUGGAUCUUCCGUCUGACGUGUUGCGUCAGAGGAUCGUUGAGUCCGAGGCGGAUGAUCUGGUGGCGAAAGUGGGUACCUUUAAUGAGCACGUGACUUCGGCACGUGCUUCGGAGAUUGAAUCUGCGGUUACGCUUCUGAGGAAGGCAGAGAGGCCGUUGAUUGUGUUCGGUAAAGGAGCUGCGUAUUCGCGAGCGGAGGAUGAGUUGAAGAAGCUCGUGGAGCUUACUGGGAUACCUUUCCUCCCUACUCCGAUGGGGAAAGGCUUGUUGCCGGAUACCCACGAGCUGUCUGCUACUGCGGCGAGGUCGCUUGCGAUUGGGAAAUGCGACGUCGCUUUGGUGGUUGGAGCUAGGCUUAACUGGCUUCUCCACUUCGGGGAGGCUCCGAAAUGGUCUAAAGAUGUGAGCUUUGUGUUGGUAGAUGUCUCCGAGGAGGAGAUUGAGCUGAGGAAGCCUCACUUGGGGAUCGUCGGAGAUGCUAAGACGGUGGUGGGUUUGUUGAACAGAGAGAUAAAGGACGAUCCUUUUUGUCUGGGGAAGACGAAUCCGUGGGUGGAGGCGAUCUCCAAGAAGGCGAGAGAGAACGGUGAGAAGAUGGAGAUGCAGCUUGCGAAAGAUGUGGUUCCUUUCAACUUCUUGACUCCUAUGAGGAUCAUCAGAGACGCGAUUUUGGCGGUGGAAGGACCGAGUCCUGUUGUGGUGUCGGAAGGGGCUAACACGAUGGAUGUGGGGAGAUCGGUUUUGGUUCAGAGAGAGCCGAGGACGAGGCUUGAUGCAGGGACUUGGGGGACAAUGGGUGUUGGUUUGGGUUAUUGUAUUGCUGCUGCUGUUGCUUGUCCUGAUCGGCUUGUUGUUGCUGUUGAAGGUGACUCUGGUUUUGGAUUCAGCGCCAUGGAAGUUGAGACAUUGGUUAGAUACAAUCUUCCUGUGGUGGUGAUUGUCUUCAACAACGGUGGUGUAUAUGGCGGUGACAGGAGGAGUCCUGAAGAGAUCUCGGGUCCUCAUAAAGAAGAUCCAGCACCAACGUCGUUUGUUCCAAAUGCAGGGUAUCACAAGCUUAUUGAAGCUUUUGGAGGCAAAGGGUAUAUUGUGGAAACGCCCGACGAGCUUAGAUCUGCUCUCUCUGAGUCUUUUGCUGCUAGAAAACCAGCGGUGGUUAAUGUUAUUAUAGAUCCUUUUGCUGGUGCUGAGAGUGGGAGGUUGCAGCACAAGAACUAGAAGCUUGUGGUGUGUAAAUGUUUGGAAGUUGUAUUGUUGGAACAGAAAACGAUAAGCGUUUUCGUUUUAAACUAUUACCAAAUUGAAUAAAAACACUGUUUCCGGUU